AAAUGAACUCUGGGUUGAACAACUAAAAUUCUUUAUUGCAAUAACUUAUUCCAACUUAACUUGAGGAAUAUUAAUAACAGUUUAGGUAUGAUUCCAAAUCCACUUUCCCCUUAUAAUAUUACCUGACUAGCUCUAAUCAUUAAUUCGGCAAUUAAUUACUUAUUUUAGAUAAUCACAUCUUUUGAGUACUUUCCUGAAUAUGAAAUCAUUGUUAUUUCCAGGCUUAUUCCAAUAAGUUCAAGACAAUACCAAUAGAACCCUUUAACCAUAAGAUCUAUUUAAUAACAAUUUUGGUAAGAUAUCAUCAAGUUCACUUAUUUACUAUCAUCUAAUGACCUUAUAGUUUUUGAUUUGCCAUAUUUUAAUAUAGGUUUUGGGAGUGCAAUAAAUCCAUUAGAUUAUACAAAGCUUUUAUAAAAAAGUCUUUAGAUGACUAAUCCAUCUUCUUUGAAUCCGUUCAUGUCUAAUCAAUUGAUAUGCUAAAUGGGUCUAGGGAAUUAAAAGAAAUCAAAUACUUAUAAUAAUCCCAUUACUGUCGAGGAUGAUGAACCAUAGUAAGUUUAGAAAUGUCAUAAUUAAAAAUGCAAUAAUAAAGGUGAUCGAAAAGCCAAAUCAAGAAAAGGAGAAGCCCUAUAAUUUUGUGAGAAAUGUUUGAGAUUAUACAAUCGUGGAAAUUAUUGUGAUUUUUGUGAAUAGGUAUUAAGAAUUAUUAUAAAAUAUCUAUAGGUAUAUUCAAAUGGUGCUAAUGAUUAAGAUGAAUAGGAGUGGAUUUAAUGCGAUUCUUGUGAAAAAUGGGUAAACUCUUGAGUUAUAUAAAAGAAUCAUUUAAAUUGUGAAGCUAAAUUUAGGAAUCAAAAUAUCAAAGAAGAAACUGAAAAUAAAGUAUAUUAUUGUUUGAAUUGCACUAAAACAAAUAAGAAACAAUAACAAACUUCUCAACCAUAAAAAAAAUAGGAAAAGUCUGUAGAGGAAUAUCUACCAAAAUAGAGAUAAAUUAUAGAAUGUGAUGAUAAUAGAAUGAGAGAAAAAAACAUUAACUUCGUUGCUACUAGAGAUAAUAAAGUUUUAUUUAGUAAAUUCUUAAUUUUAUUAAAAUUAUCAGCUUUUAGAUUUAAUCUUUAUGAGGAUGAAAUUAAGCAAGAUUUAGAUAAUCUGCGUAAUGCAGGUAAGAAAAUGAUUAAGAAAUAAAACAUAGUGGAUUCUCCCAUCAUGAAAGUAAAUUCUACACCAUAAUAAUAAUAAUAAUAAUAACAAUAACAAUAACAAUAAUAAGAGGAUAAAGUAAUUCUUAUUUCUUAAAAAAAUAGAAUUCUGAAUUUUAGGUGAAUAGCAGACUUAGAACAAGACCUAAUAAUAAGAAUAAAGUUAAUUAUAGAUAUUUAGGGGGUGAAUGA